AUGUUUUGGGGAUUCUGUGAAGCUCUUAAUUUCGUUCAGGAAUAUAGGAAAAUCAUACCCACCGAUGGACCGCUGCCGGAAUGUCUGGAUAUUUUACUCUUUGGCAGUGGUGAUCCACGCCACAUUCUGGCGAUCGCAUCUCAGCUUUUUCUAUACCCGAAACUAAAAGUGAACCUGUACCUCGCUGAAGGAUGCAUUGAAUUGCUUGCACGCCAUAUGGUGCUGCUAACGAUCGCUUUCGAAGAUCCCACGUUGCUGUCGCUGAAGGGGAAAACUCAUCUUUUUAUGGACAUCUACGGAAAUAAUCUCAUCCGUCCGUUCAGUAGCGCAUACUUGAGCAGCAAAGGGCGGGAAUUAACGGGCAUCGUUACGGACCUAGAGUACGCUCAACGACAAGCGCCAAUCUUCAAUUACGAAGCUUUGCGGUACAAGGAACGCGAUCAGCUGGAAAAUGUGUUUCGCUUCUGGACAAACGCCCCGGAGCACGUGUUCAACAUCGCCCGCUACUGGGAAGACAGGCAGCGUACACAGUUAGGAGUGCGAUACGACCAUCGUAACGGAGCGUUUGAUUGGGAUCUGCAAAUGAGAUUGCGGGAAAACGGAGCCAAACAGAUCUGUCCCCAGGAGUACAAACACUGGCGCGAAACGGGCAUUGCCUUCACCUUCCCCGAGUACGAACAGAGCGAUCCGAACAAAACGUUCGCAGUAGGAUUGGUGCGCAAUGGGAAGGGUUUUCUUCACCGUGGUUCUGUAGGGGACAACAUGACCGGUCCUUACAUUGCAUUCGGCCACAAGUGUGCCGAGGAAAGGCUUUCCCGAUCGAAACAUGGAGUGAAUGACUUCCGCUCGACCGAUGUUACGGAAAGAAAUGUGCUGCAAAUCAUGUACGAAAUACAGGAACGCCAGCCAUAUUGUUUCGAUCCAAAGGACAUCCAUCGGUUUGGAUCACAUCAGCUUGAUACGGGGAAAAAUCUUAACAAGCACGAUGCCCGUACGGAACUGUUCGAAGCCGCUCGCUACAACAAACCUCUUCUCCGAUGCGAUAAUUUAACAGUUCACUUCCUCUCCGUUGAGGACGUUUUGCGGAUGCACGAGCUGGAUCGGUUUGCUGCGAAAUUUGACACGGUAUUUGUGGCUAGCAAUUACUUGGGUUUGUUGCAGAGUGGUUUCAAUAGGACUUGGAAGGAAACCUGUCUGCUGUGCUUCGAAACGCGCCAGUUGACCGUUUUCGCCAAGGAAGAGAUAAAACAGCACACUGAAAAGAUAAAGGCAUAUGCACAAAAAGAGUCCCUAGCAGCGGUAACGAACUUUUCCAUCAACAAAACACAUUCCGUACUUUUUUACAAGCAAAUCUCCAAUAUGUGA